AUGGGUUCCCUUGGUUCUGAGCCAAGGCUUCCUUGGAACAAGACACCGUCUGUCUUGAGCCCUCAGCUUAGUCGUGUUGCCGGAUGCAACAUUUACCUCAAGCUGGAUAACCUUCAGCCAAGUGGUUCCUUCAAGUCCCGCGGAAUUGGCAACCUCAUGACCCGUGCCAUUGCCAACAGCGCCGGCCAUGUCCACUUCUACUGCUCUUCGGGCGGCAACGCUGGCCUUGCUUGUGCUACCUCGGCCGUUGCUUUGAAGCGCCCUGCCACUAUUGUUAUUCCAUUGACAACGUCGGAGAUGAUGAAGAAUAAGCUCCUUGAUCUUGGUGUUGAAGUCCACCAAACCGGCAAGAAUUUGGCUGCCGCUGAUGAGUACCUCCGGACCGAACUCCUCGCCAAGGAUCCCCACGGCGUCUACGUCCCGCCUUUUGAUCAUCCGCAUGUUUGGGAUGGCGCCUCUACAAUCAUUCCCGAACUACGAGAGCAAAUGGACGAGCCCAUCGAUGCUAUUGUCUGCAGCGUGGGCGGCGGCGGUUUGUUCAAUGGUCUCAUGCAAGGCAUCGAGAGUUUUCCCUGGUCCGGGUCCAAACCUUGCGUUGUUGGAGUCGAAACUCUCGGAGCUGACAGUAUGAAUGCCUCCAUCAGGGCUAACUCGCACAUCACACUCCCGGAGAUCACAUCCAUUGCCACGUCGUUGGGAUGCUCGCGUAUCUCUGCUGAGACGUGGAAGUGGUGUCGAUACCCCAAUACUCGCAGCCUCGUCGUCUCAGACGCGGAUGCUGCCAUUAGCUGCGUCCGGUUUGCCGACGACGCCCGCCACCUUGUUGAAGUGUCUUGUGGAGCUGCGCUCGCCACUGUAUACAAGGGAGACUUGCGAGAGACCCUAGGACGUGGUCUCACUGAUGUGGAAUGGGCGCAGAAGAACAUUGUCAUCAUUGUGUGCGGCGGCUCCGGCGUGACACUGGGCAUCCUUGACCAGUACGUCCGUGAGUACCGAAGCAAGACCACCAUCAAGGUCUAA